GGGCCGGGGCUGGGCUCUGGGCUUGCCGCGCGCCAGUGAGUCAGGCCGGGUUUUCCCUCCUCCUCCAGGGCAGGCGAGAGAGUGCCGCCGAUCGCGUCUCUUCCUCGCCAAUCCGGCUCCGGCGCCUGUCCGCCCGCCCGCCGCCCGCGUUUUCUAGGUGCCUGCCUCACGGCAGCUCUGGCCCGACUCGCAGUCUCUGCUGGAAUCGGCGCUUCGGAGGAGAGUUCAAAUCCGCCCAAAGGAACUGCGGCGCACCCGGGCGCGGAGCGGCGGUCGGCGAGCGCUGCGCCAGCAUGCAGCUGCCUGUGCCCUGUUGAAACUUCAUGGCCACAGCCCCAGGCCCUGCUGGCAUUGCCAUGGGCAGCGUGGGCAGCCUGUUGGAACGUCAGGACUUCUCCCCUGAAGAGCUUCGGGCAGCACUUGCUGGGUCUCGAGGCUCUCGCCAACCUGAUGGACUCCUCCGGAAAGGUUUGGGCCAGCGUGAGCUCCUUAGCUAUCUGCACCUCCCCAAGAAGGAUGGCAAGACCACCAAGCGGGCACCUCGGAAUGAGCCUGCUGACUAUGCUACCCUCUACUACCGGGAACAUCCUCGGGCUGGUGACUUCAGCAAGACUUCACUGCCUGAGCGGGGUCGCUUUGAUAAGUGCCGCAUCCGCCCAUCAGUGUUCAAGCCUACAGCAGGUACCGGGAAAGGCUUCCUCUCCAUGCAGAGCCUGGCUGCCCACAAGGGUCAGAAGCUAUGGCGCAGCAAUGGUAGUCUGCACACGCUGGCCUGCCACCCACCCCUGAGUCCAGGGCCCAGGGCCAGCCAGGCUCGUGCACAACUGCUGCAUGCCCUCAGCCUGGAUGAGGGUGGCCCUGAGCCUGAGCCCAGCUUGUCUGAUUCCUCCAGUGGGGGCAGUUUUGGCCGCAGUCCUGGCACAGGUCCCAGCCCCUUCAGCUCCUCCUUAGGCCACAUUAACCACCUUGGGGGCUCCCUGGACCGGGCCUCGAGGAGUCCCAAGGAGGCUGGGCCAUUGGCUGUGCUGAGCUGCCUGCCUGAGCCACCGCCCCCCUACGAAUUCUCCUGCUCCACUGCAGAGGAGGUGGUAGCCCUGCUGCCUGAGACAUGUGAGGAUCUCAAGAGGGACCUUGGAGAUCAGGAUGGCUCCAACCCCUUCACACAGGUGCUAGAGGAGCGCCAGCGGUUGUGGUUAUCUGAGUUGAAGCGCUUGUACGUGGAGCGGCUGCAUGAGGUGGCUCAGAAAGCUGAGCGCAGCGAGCGCAACCUCCAGCUGCAGUUGUUCAUGGCUCAGCAGGAACAGCGACGGCUGCGCAAGGAGCUCCGGGCUCAACAGGGCCUGACCUCUGAGCUUCGGCCCCCAGGUCCAGUUCCAGAGGCCGACUCCAGCAGCCGACCAGAGGAGGAAGCCCGAUGGGAGGUGUGCCAGAAGACCGCAGAGAUUAGUCUCUUGAAGCAGCAACUGCGGGAAGCCCAGGCAGAGCUGGCACAGAAACUGGCUGAGAUAUUUAGUCUGAAGACGCAACUUCGGGGCUUCCGGGCACAAGCCCAGGCUCAGGACGCAGAGCUGGCCAGGUUGCGUGAGACUGUGCGCAGUUUACAGGAACAGGCUCCUCGGGAGGAAGCCCCAGGCAGCUGUGAAACCGAUGACUGCAAGAGCAGAGGGCUGCUGGGGGAGGCAGGAGGUAGUGAGGCUGGAGGUGGUGCUGAACAGCUGCAUGCAGAGCUACUGCAAGAACGGCUCCGGGGUCAGGAGCAGGCACUGCGUUUUGAGCAGGAACGGAGGACUUGGCAGGAAGAGAAGGAGCGGGUGCUGCGCUACCAGCGGGAGAUCCAGGGGGGCUACAUGGACAUGUACCGUCGCAAUCAGGCACUGGAGCAGGAGCUGCGGGCACUACGGGAGCCCCCCACGCCCUGGAGUCCUCGACUUGAGUCCUCCAAAAUCUGAGGCCAGCAGAGCAAGCUGACAGCAGAUGCACUGUCCAAGAUGCCCUGAGACAGCUGACCCCUCCUUUCACUGGUCUGGGGCAGAAUGUGCAGAGGCCGACCCAGGGAUGGGAGGCCCCCAAGAGGAAGGAUCCAGGUGGGGGCGAUGGGCAGGAUAAGGUGCUGGCUACAGAGCCAGGGCUAGACCCUUCUGGCAAAGAAGCACCCAGGCAGGGCCCAGCCCUGCUCCCUGGAGUGGGUGUGGCCCAAUGAAGGAGAUUAGAGAAUCCAGAGGCACUGAUAGGGAAGGGCAGGUGUAAGGGAGGGUGGCUAGAGAGCUGGGCUGAGGCCUUCCUUAAUGGAAGGAGGCUGGGAUGGAAACAUUGGCCUCCUCCAGAAUAAAACCACCUUUUCUUUGAGGAGGCCCUGGGUGAUAUAUUGAGCCUGCCCUUACCAGAGUCCAGUUUUAUGGAUAGUCAGGGUUGGGAGUUGACCUGGCCUGUAGCUCCUUUCAUGGUCAUGGUCAUUGGGAGGUGUGCCCUGUGCCUGUCUGUGAAGCUGCUGAUCAUAUGUGUUGGAGAGUGGAGGAAUCCUAUUUCCUUGCUCCAGUACCACACAGUUCCUUAGCUGCUGUGUGGGUUGAAAUUCCUUUCUUAAGCACCAGUGGAUUUUUCAGAAGGAACAAUACUAGGGAACUACAAAAAAAAAAAAAGGGCGAGUCAAAAGGCAUUUCAAGGAUAUGAAAUGUUCCUUUUGGUGGAAAAUCUGGGCCCUGGUUGCCCAGGCCUCUGCUGGAUUGGGGCCAGCCUAAGACAGCAUCCUGUGGGGGCAUCCAAAAGCUCCUGUGAGCUCUACCUCUUCUGGAGCCCACCUCCUAUCUUUCUGUCCAGCUGUGGUGUGCCUCUCUCUUCAUGGGUGGGUGAGGGGGGAGGUUUAGGAACGUGCAGAGAAUCUUGGCAGGGAAAGCUUGUGGGUUAUUUGGUAAAGGAUCUUACCGGAAGGAAUGGAACAUUUCCCCAUAAGCAAUGGAAGGCUAUUGGGUAUUUUUAGGUAGGAGUGAGAUUUGAUCUAAUUUGUAUUCUGGAAAGCUCUUUCUUGAAGAAGCAGCCCCACACUUCCCACCUCUGUUCUUUACCUGGCCUUGGAACUGUCAGUCCUCUUGCACUCCUGCUGAUGGUCUCAGGUUCUAGAAAACCCACAGCUACCCCAGUCCCUCAGCAGUCUUGGGACUUUGCUCCCCUCCAGGUGGUGACCUGGUGCAAGUGGAGUCUUCCCUAUCUUUUGAGAGAAGCUCAGCUUAUUACACAUAUAUCAUUGGAGUGGCUAUAUGCAUCUAGUGCUUACUGUUUCUCUGGUUGGACCCUUGAGCUUGGGGCCACAGGGUGAAUUUGAUGUGCUUCCUGCUUAAGGGUAGCUAGCACACAGUCAUCUGCCCUCCAAUCCUUGUUCAUGUAGGGCCACUCAGGGAACCUCUUAGAAGUAUUCCAUGUAGCCAGACAUGGUGGUGUACACCUCUAAUCCCGGCGGCUCAGAAGGGUGAGGCAAGAGGAUCACAAGUUCAAAGCCAACUGUGGCAACUUGGUGAGGCCCUAAGCUGUCUCAAAAAAUAAAAGGGCUGGGGAUGUGGCUUAGUGAUUAAGCACACUUGGAUUCAAAUCACAGUACUCCUCCUGCCCCCAAAUAAAAAGUAUUUCAUGUAGAAACCCAGGCUGCUCCCUUUGGCUGACCCUUGGUCUUCCCAGGCUAUUCCUGACAUGCCCCCCAUCAGGCCCAGUAGGUGGAUCCUGGUUGUAGAGUUUGCUGGAGUGUGGACUACAUCCCAGCCUCCUUGGGAAUUGUGGCACAUGAGUUGAUGGGCUUCGCCUUUUUUGGGGCCAUGAGUGUAGCGUGUGACUUGUCGGGGGGUGCUGUGUUUAUGGCCCUGUGAAAGGCAGAUGUGUUUGUGGGUGGUGGGUGUGCCCAAGGAGGUGUGUUUGGGGCACCUGGCCUCCAAAAGCCAGCUCCUGAAUUGGAGGCUGGGAAAGCUGCUUCCUGGCUCUCCCUGCCAGGAAUCAGCUUCACCGGCCAGGCCUGGGUCAAUCCUGUGUCCAGGAUGGAGCCCUGAGCCUAACUAAGACCCAUUUAAGUUCACUCCUGAGCUCAAGUCUAAUGCCUGAGGAGGGAAAGGUGAAGUAUCUGGGUUAGGCAUGCCAGUCCCCCCAGAUCUUAGGGUAUUCCUAUUUCAUAGGCCCCUCUAAACCCAGAUCUCUGGGCCAAUGGACCCCUUGAGGUUUUCCCACUUCCUGGACCUGCAUGCUGGCUUGAAGCCUAGAUUACUUCCUCCCUGUGUCCAGGAGCUGGUUAGGCUGGGUGCCCACUUGUCCCAGAGUGGCUGGGGCCCACCUUUUGGUAUACCAGCUCUGCAGAACAGCUCUCCACCCAGUAAUUAGGGAGCUGGGCCGGCCAGUACAGCCAGCGGGGAGUGGGUGGGCGGUACCAAAACUUGGCAGCGGUGCCAGAAACCAAGGCCAGGCCCAGAAGAAGGGGGAGGGUGCCGGAGAGCUAAAGCUGUGGUGUCUCAAAACCAGAUACCGGUUAGUUCAUCCGUGCUGGGCAAACCAGUUCCCUGGUCCCCGGGCAGGCUGAGUGGCUCUAGGGCCAGCUGAUCACAAGUGUCACUGUCACUAUCAUUGUCACUGUUGUGGCUACUGCUUUGGGGAAGCCCCUCCCUUCUACUUCUGGCUGGGCCCUCAGCUGCUCUCAGGCUCAGCUUUCCCCUGGAAUCCCCUUCCCCAGCACAUCUGACCCAGGCAGCCAGAUCUGCACUGUGCUCUCUGCCUCAGAUCCUCACUUAAGUAUUACACUUUCUAGCAGCUCUCUGGGCCCCUAACCCCUCACGGAAGGUCUCUGACUCUGGUCUCCAGGAUCACUGAUAGCAAUGCCCCUUCCAACCUCAGUGAACGCCACAGUUUGACUUAGCCCUCUGGAUGUUCUACCUCAUUCUGCAGGUGAUCCUGGACUGAAAGACUUGCAAGGAGGGACAGACACAGGGAGGGGAGGCAGGGCACCAUUUUGGAGCUACCUGGAGGGUGGAAGAAAGAAGUGAGGGUUUGAGUAAGUUCUGGACCUGGCCAGGGAGGCAGAGAAUCAGCUGUCUUCCUGGGCUGCCUCCUGGUGUCCGUCAUUGCACACAGAAGGCAGGAAGUGCUCAGGUCUUGCUUUCUCAAGGAAGUCCUUCCUGGACUACCCACCUCCUCUGCAGUGCUUACACGUCCAUAUGUCUCUCCAUCAGCUCUUUGCAAGCUGCUAUAUUUCUUGGUUUUUCUCUGUCUCCAAUGAGCUGAGGGUAUUGCCAGAGCAGAUCAGUGUCUUCCAUUCCCCACCCCCCCCAAGCCCACUCUGGUUCCAGCCCCAAAAGGCACUUGGAGAGAUGUAGAAGCAGGGUGACCAGAGCCCUCCCCUGAGUAGGAAGGCUUUGAGGUGAGAAAGUGGGGAAGAUAGGGAAGGCUCUAACUCUGAGCUAAUUGUUGAUACAUACCUGUUCUGUGCCAAGUCUAUGUCAAGCAUGGGGUUCCAGAGCUAGUUACUAUUCAUUCUAUAGGGGUGUUUGAGGGCCUCCCUCUGGGCCAGAUGUCAUUCUCAGGCGAGUAAGCCAUACUAACAAAGUUCCCUGCCCUUUGACACUUGUGUGUAGAGGAGGGAGACAGUGUGUGUCCAUACUGUUGAAGGUCGUUCCAGAUAGUGACCAGGUCCAGACAGGAGAUGAAGAAGACAGAGGAGAAUUGAGCUCAGGUACACUGACACAGGACAACAGGGGCCGCCAUGUCAUCAAACAAGUGAGCCGAACAUGGAAAAAGGGAGCAUGAAAAUACAUUUCUCUGAGACUGGAGGAAUGUAGAUUUUAGGGAACCUUUUUGCAAAGAGGGUGCAGGCCUCUGUAGGCGAUGACAUAGGACAUAUGGAAGUUUGGGGCAGGUUCCAGAGAGGGUCUUGUGUGGAAUUUUAGGAGGGGAACAAGGAGAAUGGGAAGCAAAGCAGAUCCUGGUCAGUCUGGUAAGCUGGUGCAGGAUUCCCUGAGCAGUCAAAGGAAAGGGCUAAAACCAGGACCAGUUUUCUGUGUGUAAGACCUGUGCAGCACCCAGGGCCCCUACAGUUGGUAUUAUGCUCUGCUGUUGCCAUCUUGAACUUCUUAAGAAUGUUUGAACAAAA